GUCUGAAUGGCGCUGGGGCGGGGCGUGAUUGGCCGGGGAGAGGCGGGGCUGGAGCAAUGCCGGGGGAGCUGCUGCGAGUGUUCCUUCGCACGGGGUGCAAAGUUCAGAGAAGCACAAAAGCGGCUCAGUCUCCGCUGCACCCGCAACGAAGAGGAGCUGGUGUUGCUGUGGGGAUGGCCACGUUAGUCAAGAAGAUCAUCCAUACUGCUAAGGCUCCGGCGGCUGUGGGGCCCUAUAGUCAAGCCGUGUUGAUAGACCGGACCAUGUAUAUAGCAGGACAGAUUGGCUUGGAUCCUUCAAGUGGGCAACUUGUACCUGGAGGAGUAAAGGAACAAACUAAACAGGCACUUAAGAAUAUGGGGGAAAUUCUGAAAGCAGCAUACUGUGACUAUGGCAACGUGGUAAAGACGACUGUUCUGAUGGGUAACAUGAAGGACUUCGAUGAUAUGAAUGAAGUAUACAAGCAGUUUUUCAAGGGUGACUUCCCAGCCAGAGCAGCUUACCAAGUUGCAGCUCUGCCAAAAGGGGCAUGUGUUGAGAUUGAAGCUGUUGCCAUCACUGGACCACUCUGUGAUGCCAAGUAUGAUGCUAAAGGCAACCUUUAGCCCAGCAGCUUGGAACUGGUCAUCUCUUCCAGACUCAGAUCCUACAUGAGUUGUUCUGAAUACAAGGAGUUAAUUCCAUCCCACCCACUGCUGCUAUUGUGUCCUAUUAAGGUUCUAGGCUGAUGCACAAUUUGGUAGGAAUGACGCUUCUUGUAGAACUUAAUGUCACAAGCUGUUUGGAGAAGGUUUUAUUGCUUCAAAUAGUAUUUUGAUGGAUAGGCACUAGUGAUUUAUCCAGAUACUGUGAAUAGAAUUUUGAUAUAAUUAAUAUGGAAACUUAGUUGUGACCCUUAAGAGGCAAGCUGGCAUUACGUUAUUACACUAUGUAAUCAAACCUUUUUAAUAAGAAAAAAGUAAUGAAUGUUACACUAGAAUUACAGUAGUACAGAACUAAAUAUUGGUAGACUUAAUGUUACCAAUUUACCUGAUAUGCUUACCUCCAUCUACUAGACAAAGUAGUGUUCAAAUAUGCAAACAUCUUUUUAACUCACGUUUUCAGCCCUGAUUUAUGUAUUUUGAUGAGAUUUUAAUAAAACAGCAUUAUAUAACGUAUCAUUUGAGCCUUAAUUUUUGAUGAGAGCUAUGUCUGUUUUCCAGUAUCAGCCUUUCAAGAAUAUAAAAACCUGCAUUGGUGCUUCCUUCAUGUUGUACUGCAUCAUUAUUUUUUGGUCUUCUGUAGCUAUGUGUCACUGAGAUAAUGAAGUAAUUUCAGGUUACUUGUAAACUUGCCAUUUAGAAGACUGUUUAAGCAACAUAUUUGAUGGGUUGUAAAGAGUUAUUUUAAGCCAACCAGUUUGUGGAAUUCAGGCAAUAAACAAUGAUGAAACCUG